UCAGAAGCAUUUUUAACCCAUUUCUCCAAAAAAUGUCACUUAUCCGUCGGCUGUCUGUUGUUUUAAUCGGGCUUCUGCUCAUUUUGGGCUAUGCUCAAGCCGAAUGUGAUGAGAAGGAGGAAGAGGUCUUUCCCUCUAGAUAUCCGAUCGCAUAUUUUAAAUGGGAAGAGGUGAAGAUCCCGAUGACGAUUUGCCUGUGGCUGAUUGCAGCGUCGAUUUCUAAAAUUGUCUUCAACUCGAUCCCACACCUCAACGAUCUUUUCCCGGACUCCGCUCUUCUCAUCAUGAUCGGCCUGAUCAUAGGAAUCAUAUUCAAACUUAUCGGAGUCGACAAGAACCAGUUCUUCCUGGAAAGUGAGAUCUUCAUGCUCUACCUGCUCCCGCCACUCGUCUUCGAUGCCGGGUACUUCAUGCCGGCGAGGCAGUUUUUCGAUAAUUUCGGAUCGAUCAUGUGCUUUGCGAUGAUCGGCACCUUGUUCAACUUUCUGGCGAUCUCAUUCUCUCUUUGGGCCAUCAGUCUUACUGGACUGUUCUCUGUGGAAACCCCGCUGCUCCAUAUGCUUCUAUUCGGCUCGGUGGCGGCUGACGUUGAUCCUGUGGCGGUGAUUGUGAUCUUCGAAGAACUAGCGGUCAACGACGUGCUCUUCAUCGCAGUAUUCGGUGAGUCCCUCUUCAACGAUGGGGUCUCCGUUGUCCUCUACCGGAUGUUCCUGACAUUCUCCGAGAUCGGAGCCGAGAACCUGAUCCCCGAAGAUUUCGCGAACGGCGGGGUGUCAUUCCUGGUCGUGGUUUUUGGUGGAGUUGGCAUCGGAGUUCUGUUCGCUUUCCUGGCCAGUCUCCUCACCAAGUACUCGCGCGCCGAGGAGAUCAGCAUCCUCAACUGCGUCUUCAUCCUGAUCCUUCCCUACACUUGUUACCUCUGCGGGGAGCUCUUCGGGCUUUCCAGCAUCAUCGCAGUGGUGUUCUGCGGAGCUUUAAUGCGUCAGUACUGCCGGGAGAACGUCGAGCAGGAGACGGUAAAAGCCACCGAGAAGUUCAUCAAAGUGCUCUCAAUAGCCUCUGAAACUGUGAUAUUCGUCUUCCUCGGACUGUCCACUGUCUCCUCAAACCAUCACUGGGACACUUGCUUCAUAGUCCUAACAGUAGUCUUUUGUCUAAUCUACCGUACUCUAGGAGUGGUGGUGAUGUGUCAUUUUUUGAACAAAUACCGGCUGAACAAAUAUACCAAAGUAGAUCAAUUUAUCAUGGCCUACGGAGGCCUCCGAGGCGCCAUCGCAUAUGGUUUAGUGGUGGCUAUCCCCGACUUCAUCCCAGCCAAGAAUAUGUUUGUCACCAGCUGUAUCAUAGUAAUAUACUUCACUGUCUUCCUUCAGGGCAUAACCCUGAAGCCUAUCGCCGAGUUUCUGCAAGUUGAGAAGAAAAACGUUCACUCUAAGAACAUGAUCGAGCAUAUUUACACCGAGCUGAUCGACACAACGAUGGCCGGGAUGGAGGAUAUUGCAGGAUUCAAGGGACAUCACUGGAUCCGCGAUUCAUGGAAUUACUUUAACAAUUGCUACCUGCGGCCGGUGCUGGUGAAUAAGAACAAUAUGAAGCAGAUGGACAAGACGAAGUUGGUCAGGAAGUAUAAGCACCUCGUCGACGAAGACGCUAAGAAAAUUGCCAAUGGCGGGGAUCUCAAGAGCAACUUGGCAUUCACUAGAGCACUCAUCGAGCACACCAGAAGCCGGACCAAUACUGCGAUAACUAGCGACUCAAAUGGGAAAAUCGAUUUUGUGACGCAUAUGAAGGAACAUCAUGGGAUCACUGUCUACGAUCAUGAGAAUAAUGUGGAGUACACGUCGGAUUAUAUGGAGAAUGAGUCGGAGGAUGGGGAGUACAAAAAUGGUGGAUUUGAAUCCGAUGGGUCGUCGGACAAUUUUGAAGAACGGGUUUAGGAUUUCUAAUUUGAGACGUGUAUGUAUGUAUUUUAAUUAUUUGUAAUGAAGUGUUCAGGAUUUU